CGAAAAAUGGCUGUGGGGAGCGAGGGCUGACUAGCGCCUGUCAAAUUGCGGGUUCUGCUCGCCUACGGUCACGUGCAGUGCCCUUUCCACAACGAAAAAAGAAUUACGGGACUGAGUCAGCAAAGCACACACACGUCGCCGAUUUUUUGCCUUGCCCGUUGUGUCUGGAACUUCGUGAUCUUUUUCAAGACCCGACAACACCAUCACCAAAUUCCGCCCUCUACGACAACCACUCCGGCAAAAUGGGUCACCCAGCGGGUCUUCGCGCGGGAACGCGCUAUGCGUUCAGCAGAAACUUCCGUGAGAAGGGUAUGAUCAAGCUCUCCACGUACCUUCGCCAGUACAGAGUCGGAGAUAUCGUCGACAUCAAGACCAACGGUGCCGUCCAGAAGGGUAUGCCUCACAAGGUCUACCACGGCAAGACCGGUGUCAUCUACAACGUCACCAAGUCCGCCGUCGGUAUCAUCAUCUACAAGAAGGUGAAGCACCGCUACAUCGAGAAGCGCAUCAACAUCCGCGUCGAGCACAUCUCCCCCUCCCGUUCGAGAGACGACUUCAUCCGCCGUGUCAAGGAGAACGCCGCCCUGAAGAAGAAGGCACAGGCCGAGGGCAAGGCCCUCACCCUCAAGCGCCUCCCUCUCAUGCCCCGUGAGGCCCGUACCGUCGACUUCAAGGAGAACAAGCCCCAGACGGUCACCCCUCUCCCCUACGAGACGACGAUUUAGAGUGUCUUUUGGGUGGUUUGUGGGUUCUUCUUUUGCAUGUGGUGUUUACGUGAGGAACGGAAGAAUUCUAGCAUGGAACGGCAUCACGUUUUCGGCAACGUCCAUAGGGAAUGGGAAAAAAAAGACCAAUGACACUUCAUCGUUCACACCUACACGAGGAAAUGCUACCUGUGAGACCCGUUGGCCCUUUUGCGAUCCUGCCGCGAUGCCUCGGGUCCUGUCAUUGUCAGGUCGGAGGCAUUGGCACAGGUUCUGGUGUAUGGUGUUGUGUGCUCGUGGGAAACAAGGUCAAUGCGAAAUGCCUGUGAAAGGCAGGCGAAUAGUUGGCCCUGCUGCCCGCCGGGCCCUCAUGAUACCCUCAGUCAAAUGAAGAACACGACCUAUGA